AUGAGCCCCGAGGAGAUGGGGAAGCUGCUGUCGGGCAAGGAGCGGUACUCCGCGGACUCCGUGGCGCCGCUGGAGGCGUGCCUGGAGGACCAGCUGAAGACGGGCAGCUACAGCCUGGACGCCAACCUCGCGCUCCUGAAGCUGUACCUGCUCUUCCCAGACAUGACUAACAAGGAGAUCGUGGAGGGCAUUCUCCUGAAGGCCCUCAUGGCCUUCCCCGCGACCGAUUUCUCCCUCUGCAUGUACCUCAUUCCAGAGAAGUUCCACGAGGAGUUGAAGAGCGUGACGGAGUUGGCGUCGGAAUUGGAGCUCGCCAAGUUCAAGAGCUUCUGGAAAAAGACGGAGUCUGUGGAGGGUUUGAAGAAGGCAGCAGGAUUUCAGAUGGCAGGCUGCCAUCCGCAGCUUCAUUGCAGGCGUCAUCUCCUCGACGUACCGCUCUGUCAAGAGCGACCAGGUCGCCGACUUGCUGAGCCUGCCUGUCGGCGAGCUGGAUGCGAUGGUGAAGGAGACCAGGGCUGGAGCAGGACCAAGGACGACAAGAACACGCUGAUCGUCAACACGGAGAAGUUCGAGAGCAAGAGGCUCGCGGAGGCAAAGGCCAGCCAGGAGCCCAAGCGCAUAGGCAUGGACCAGUACAGGAAGCUCUUCGCGGCGGCCACCAGCGCGUAA